UUCUAUGUCCAUAAUUUAUGCCGUCAUUGUAAGAGGAAACAAUAUAACACUUGUUGAUUAUGAAUCUGUGACUAGUAAUUUUCCCUCACUUGCUAAAAAACUAUUCGAUAAGCUAAAAAAGAACACCCGUUAAACAUGUGUCUAUGAAUAAAAGUAAUGAGUAAAUUUAGAUUAAAUACUAGUUAUCAUUUUCAUUAUAUAAAUGAAGACGAUUUUACUUAUUUAUGUUUAGCAGAUGCAUUAUUAUCAAAAGCUACUGCCUUUGCAUUUUUAGAAGAAAUCAAAGAAUUAUUUUGCGAAAAAUUUAAUGAAAAUAUUAGAAGACAAGCUAUUAAUUACGGAAUGCAAAGUUAAUUUGUAGAGUAUUUAAAAGCAAAAAUGGUAAAAAUAUAAUUUUGCGAUUUUACAGAACUAUUACAAUAAUGAUCCAGAGAAUGAAAAAAUUGUUAGAUUACAAAAGUAAUUAACAGAUGUUGCUAAUCAAAUGUCUUUGACGUUAGGUAAUUUAUAUAUUUAAAUAAAAUAGAUCAAAUCUUAGACAGAGAAGAUUAAAUUUAGAUUUUAGUACAUACUACUUAAACUAUGACUACUUUUGCAGGUGCAAUGAAAACAACAGUAAACCAAUUUAUUAUCAGUCAAGGCAACAUAAGUUAGAAAAGAUUAAGAAAGUAGAGCUUUAAGAACAAAGCUAUUUAUUGCUGCAGUUAUUGUUGCAAUGUUUUUGGUCAUUUAUUUGCUCUAUUGA